AUGUCCGCUCCUUUGUCUGAUGAGGAGACGGUGACCUAUACCCGUAUUAUUGAUAGCAUCCUCGCGGAGUCCGACCUUAGCACCGUCACUAGGAAGAGGAUCCGGCAGGGCCUGCAGGAGGCCAUCGGCGAGGACCUCAGCUCUCAAAAGGACGCCAUCAAGAUACUGAUCGAGGACCGCUUUGACGCCGCUUCCACCGCCGCUGCCGAGGCCGAGGCCGACGCUGUGGGCCAAGGUUUCGAGCAAAAUGGGACAAAUAGCGACAACACGACACCCUCCGCGGAAACCCACGACGACGGGGCCGACAACAACGAUGACGCCAUCCGUGUGUCGCUGCCGCCAGCAAACAAGAAACAGAAGCGGGAAAGCUCUAGCGAAGAAGCCGACGCGCGCCUAGCGGCCGAGCUACAGGCGCAAGAGAAUCGUCUUUCGCGUGGGCGGGUCACGCGUGGCGCCGGCAACAGCUCGGCCAAGAAUGGCCGGGCCAAGGCGAAACCUAGGACGACCAAGAAAAAGAGCGCAAAAAGGGUACGGUCGGAUGAUGAUAGCAACGGUGACGAUUCGGACGCCAGCGCGAAGCCCAAGCGCAAGGCCGGGGGCGGCUUUCAGAAACCGUUUAAUCUAAGCCACUCGUUGGCGGAUGUGUGCGGGGAGAGUCAGCUCUCCCGUCCGCAAGUAGUCAAGAAAAUCUGGGACUACAUCAAGGGCAACAGCUUGCAGGAUCCCAGCGAUAAGCGACAAAUCCUGUGCGACGAAAAGCUGCACGCCGUCUUCAAGCAAGACAAGGUUAAUAUGUUCUCCAUGAAUAAGCUGCUCGGCAACCAACUAUAUCCUGUUGAGGAGUGA